AUGACCCAGUCCAAGGCCGACAAGAUCAACGAGGUCCAGUCCAACCUCCCCCUCCCCGAGCAGCCCCCCGUCGCCUCCGACUGGCAGUCGGCCGACGCCACCAAGGUCAACGUCGGCAGCGGCGGCAACGCCGAGGCCCCCAUUGGCCGCGACACGGCCGCCACCUCUGGCCUUCGCGAGCCCGCGUCUAAGGCCAACGAGGAUUUGAGCAGCGUUGGCCGCCAGGGCGUCGAAGGCCUCAGCGGUCCCCCCAAAGAUGCUGCUGCGAAAUAA